AUGUGGGCUGAUCCGGGUGUUAAGCUGCUGUGGGAGCAGAGGCGAGAAGCAUCCGGGAAGGUUCCGUUUAAGAUGGAGAAAGUCGGUGACAAGAGCGUGCCUUACGUGGGCUUGGAAGAGCUCCAGGCGGCGGUUCUCAUUCUCCUGCGCCGCCACUUCAGCGGGCGGGGCAAGCGGCUGUGGCCGACAGGCCUGGCGGGCAGCGAGGGUGACGCCGUGCUGACGGUGUGCGCCGUAGCAAGGGUGGCGAGUGGGUGGCAGCCCUUUGAGUACUGCUUCGUGCCCCGCCUUGGGGAGGCGAGCACCGGACUCAUGCAGUACCUUCCCUCCGUGGCGGUUCUGCAGGCCAUUCCCUUGCUUCCAGUGGCAGGUGCUGCAGUCGUCAGCGGAGAGGCCAGCGAGGGACAUGGGGUGCUGCAAUCAACAGCGAAGUGGCUGGCGGAGGACAUGGGGUACCGCACCUAUGCUGCUGAUGUGUCAUUCUCCAGGCUCUUCCGCCCAUUUGCCGCCCUCUAUUAUGGCAUGGCGCACCUGACAUGGCUCACCACUUACAAGGGCGUGUGA